GCUGGAUCGUCGCUGUGAGUGGAGGGGGGACGCGGGGUGAUCGGGCCCGGCGUGGCCUCCCCGUCCCGAGUGCCUUUUUCUCGGGGCCGCGCGGGGGUCUCCGAGAAGACAAUGGAGCCUGGAAGCCGCCCAGCUGGCAGCUGCUGUAGCAGCCCCCCGGGGUUCUCUCGGGAAUACAAGCUGGUGAUGCUGGGGGCCGGCGGCGUAGGGAAGAGUGCUAUGACCAUGCAGUUCAUCAGCCACCGGUUCCCAGAGGACCACGACCCCACCAUCGAAGAUGCUUAUAAAAUCCGAAUCCGUAUUGAUGAUGAGCCUGCCAACCUGGACAUUUUGGAUACAGCUGGACAGGCAGAGUUUACAGCCAUGCGGGAUCAGUACAUGAGGGCAGGAGAAGGGUUUAUCAUCUGUUACUCCAUCACUGACCGUCGGAGUUUCCAUGAAGUCCGGGAGUUUAAGCAGCUUAUUUAUCGCGUUCGUCGUACCGAUGACACACCUGUGGUUCUUGUGGGAAACAAGUCUGAUCUAAAGCAGCUGAGACAGGUCACCAAGGAGGAAGGGCUGGCUCUGGCCCGGGAAUUCAGCUGUCCCUUUUUCGAGACGUCUGCCGCGUACCGCUAUUAUAUUGACGACGUGUUUCAUGCCCUGGUCCGCGAGAUACGCAGGAAAGAAAAGGAGGCGGUGCUGGCCAUGGAGAAAAAAUCGAAACCCAAAACCAGUGUAUGGAAGAGGCUGAAGUCACCAUUCCGGAAGAAGAAAGAUUCAGUCACCUGAGGUGGUGAGGCGUCACCUGUGAACUGCAGUGCUUGGUCAGAGGGGUCCAGCACGUGCGUCCGUGAGCCUGGUCCCUGCUCCUUCUCCUGUUAUGACUGUUAUUUUUAAAGUACCUGAUGAAGGGGACAUGCCUACUAGGAGUUUUCAAUGAUGUGGUAUUUGAAAUAUUGUCUCUUAGCUCAUUCUGAUUUAUUAACACAGUGGAUGGAGCACUGUCUGCUUUUGAAUUGUCACAUUAGAAUUUGAUCUACCCACGUGUUGGGUUCUGUUGCUGAUGGUAAUGAAUGAAUUAAUGUACGUUGUCGGCCCCCAGGGGGCCGCGUGCACCGUGCAUGUCUGACAGCUCACAAGAGGAAUGCAUGGCCCCGCCUCCCCCACACUGUCAUUCAACUUCAGUUUCCUGGGACUGUCCCCGAGAAGGACCUCCGUCUUCUCUGCACGCUGUGCUUCCUGGAGACAGAUCAAAAACCAUACAGGGAAACCGGUGCUAAAUAGAUCGGUGCUGACGACCAGCAGAUAACUGUGGGACUGAUUCUUUACAGAUCAUGGAGUGACGAGAUUGGGGCAAUCAGGCCAUAGUUGACAGGAGUUGGGCUAGAGAGAGGCAGAGUCAGGACUGCGUUCCUAGCAUGACCUGGCCUUUGUAAGAAAUGUACUGGGAUGGGUGAGAACAAACAGGAGCAGAUAACUUGCAAUGAAGGCUCCUCCUGGGAUGUUCUUUUACUUUCUUUCAGGUUUUUGCCUUCUUUACCUUCAGAGGCUAACACUUUGGGAACCGUUCCUGGAUUGCUAAUCUUUUGCUUCAUCUGUAUCCCUGCUUGGGGCAGCCAUUGCCUGUACAAGCUUGUUUUCCCCGAGGUGCACUUACAUUCAUAGCUUCUAGUGCUUUCUCUUAGCCCUCCCGCGCUCUCCAGAAGAGCUGGGCCUGGCCAUCUGUUUUUAGGCCCUUCGUCAGACUGAUGGCGUUUUCCAGGCAAAAGAGACAUCAGGAAUCUGAGUAAAAUUGCAUUGCUGGCACUGGCGGUCACCUGCCUCAAUGCUCUAAGAAAGCCUGUGGUGUUUCUGUUUAAUGAGCCCGUUGUGAAGCUUUAAAACCCCCAUGCGGUGAGUUCCUCAUUGAAGAUUUCUUUAUGAGGACCCUGCUGAGUUCCCCUCGGGGUUGUCUGAGCCCUGAGAGAAGACAGGCUUCUGCAGCCUGUGCAGAACUGACAGACGGUCGUCCUGGGAGGAAAUAGCUUUAGUAUCGGUGGUGAGUUCUCCCUUAGAAUCAGGAUGAUUUUGAUACUUGAGUCCUGUGUGGAGGUUCAGUGCAAAAGUGCUCAGAGUAAUGUCACGUAGACCGAGCAUUCAAUGCCCCUGAGCGGUGCUGUGUGCACUUUAGACUCUUGAGAACGUGACUGUGAUUCUGCUUAGAAAGCGCACAGCUCAGCUUAGUGUUCUCUGUUUUUUGUUACGGGCAGAACAGGGCCAUUGGGUCCUUCCUUAUAGUCAGUGGUGUAUGUUCUAGGUUUAAAGAAAAGCACUGGUUGUAACUUUUUUAGCUAACUGCUGGUUUCUUUUAAAAGAAAUGCUUUUGCUACAAAUUAGUCAUUUUUACAGUACUCAAGCCAUCCAAAAGUGAAAGACCUGAAAUUUGAAUCUGUGCAGGACAGAAAUCUUACAGGAACUGUAGCACUUUGAAGAAGCAUGAAGGUGGAAAAGAAAUACAGUGCAAUUCUGUUUUAACAGUAUUUCACCACGUUUAAACUAGCUUCAAGUCUUCUCAGUGGAAUGCCUUAGCUCUCAUUACUGAUGACCUGCUAUUUUCAUCAGCAAGAACUUGACAGCUGUGUAAUCAUUUGAGAUAGUCCAGGUAGCAGAGAACAUUGCCAGAAAGGAACGUGUGUUAGGAGGGAAUUUGUAUUGUACAUAGAACAAUAACAAAUCAGCAUUUUUAAGACUAUCACUGUCAUGUGUUUGAUUGUUGGAUGAAUUAACUCAUCAGUUAGGAUUGAGGCUUCUCUUCAGGGUGCUAAACAGUCUGAGGGAUACAAUAGGUGUGAGUCAGGGUUCUCUUCUUAGUGAUCACACAGUGAACGUAAUUGACAAGCUCUAAAUAGUCAGUUUUAUCCAAUUCGAGGGCAUUGAAGUCAAUUACUGCCUGGAACUUUGGGGAGAAAAAUUCAGGGCCGAGUUGAAAAGCACUGGAACUACUCAGUCCAUGUCAGAUGGGUAAGUUACCACAUUGAGAAGCAAGUGUCUAGAAUCAGCUGUUUCGGUUCAGAAAGGGAUCUACCUUUGUUUUACCUUCUUGAUAUUAGCAAGCGCUGGUCUACUGUGAUGUGUGGGGAGGACAUGGUUUUCACUCACGUCCCGUAUAUGAAGACAGUUUGUAUUAUGCAAUAUAAAACUUGUAAACCAC